AUGGCAGUUCCAGAAGCUAAUGCCCAAUUCCAUUUCACAGCUAUCAAAAAAUAUUUCUACUCUUAUACUCUUAAAAGUAGAAUGAAUCGUGUACUGGCCACAAAAGGAGGCAUUGCUUUGAUAGUCUUAUACUUCAAGUUAAGGUCUUAA